UCUUUAUCCUGAGAGGCAGAGAGAAGGGAGCGUCACUCAUCAGCAUCGCCACAUUCAGGGUGGAAGUAUGCCUCAAACUAGGCUUCUCCUGCUACUGCUAAUGGUGUGUUUGGCCCGAUCCAGUCUUCACUACAACUUUUACAAAGCAGAAUCGAUUUUCAGCUGCCUGAAGGAAGCACUUGAAGAGGCCAAGAGACGGAGCUUUGAAGAAAACUCUAUUCUAAGUAAGAGGGGUUAUGAUUUUGGACCUAGUGAUAAUCUUCUGUCCAAGGAGGAAGAGGAGGAAGAAGAAGAUGAGAAAGAGAAAAGAACAUUUCCAGCUGCACGUUACAGGUACCUGUCACAAGCACAGGUGAAGGGCAAUGUUUACCAAAACAAGGCAAAGAGCAAUCGGCGGACCAAAUUUACCCUCUCAUUGGAUGUGCCAACCAACCUAAUGAACAUUCUGUUUGACAUUGCAAAGGCUAGAAACAUGAGAGCAAAGGCUGCAGCAAAUGCCCAACUCAUGGCCCAAAUAGGUAGGCGAAAGUAAGGCUGGCUAGGCCUUGUGUGGGGCACAGAGGAGGGAACAUACAUUAGCACAAGACUUGUGUCAUGAGAGGCCCUCCCAUUCCACUCAUGGCCGCAUCUUGGAACUUAUCUUUGUACAGUACACUGCUAUAUUUUAAGUCCUUAAAAGCUGCAUUUACUUCCUACAUGUUAUUUCCCAAGGGGUGAUGUUUCGCCCUCCUCUCCCCUUUUAAUUUUUAACAUUUUAUUUUUAUAAUUUGUUUUGUUGUUCUAACUUUUUUUCUCUCUGUCUCUCUCUGAAAUCUCUGUGUUUUGGCUUUAUCUCAUUCCCACGGGUUUUCUUAUAUCUUAUUUAAUUUUUGUUACAUUUUCCUUUGUAGCUUCCAUUGCCUUUACAUGGAGAUUUUAAUGCAGAAGUUGAAAAUUAUUAAAAAAAAUAUGUUUGCAACUCCCACUGUGAUGUUUUUUAUUAAACAGAUCAUUUCUGAAACCUCAUAGCUUUUUUGUUUAUAUGUUAGGUCUUUGCACACCGUGUGAUAGAACAAUCAGCUAUGUAGCUGCACCAAUGCCCAUUUAUUAGAUGAACAAUUAAAUGAGCAAACAUCUGUAGUUUUAGCAUUUCAUCACUGAAACUUAUCAUCCUUCUAACAAGCAAAAACAUUCUGGUUAUUAAUAAAAAAUAUCAUCCUGGU